UUUAGUUGUUUACUCCUCUCUCUCUCUCUCUCUCUCUCUCGGUGGAGCUCCAUCCAUCGACUUCGUUUUUUCUAAUGGCAGUCACCGAUUUUUUCGCCGGUGAAAUAGCGACGGAGCUACUGAAACAGCUCGUUAUGAUAUCAGCAAAAGCAUGGAGAUACAAAAACACUGCAAAACAACUCCUAGAACUAAUCGAGACCAUUCAACCGACGAUCAAGGAGAUACAGUACAGCGGCGUCGAGCUGCCUCCUCACCGCCAGGCUCAGAUUCGUAUGCUCUUUGAAUCUUUAGAGAAAGGCAAGAAACUCACUGACAAAGUCCUUGGCUCUCACCGCUGGAAUCUGUAUAGACAGCUAACCCUGGCGAGGAAGAUGGAGAAGCUCGAGAAGACAAUCUCUAAUUUCCUCAAAGCUGGGAUUCACACGCAUAUCCUCGCUGACGUUCAUCUUCUCCGGGUUAACUCCGAUGUGCGUUUUGAUCGGGUUGACAAGAGCCUUGAGAGGAUGAUUGAGCAAGUUGGUUCUAUGAAGAUAGGUGGAGGUGGGUUGAUUAGAGAUGCGAUGAAGAGAGCUGAGGCUACUAUGGAGAUUGAGACCAAUGAUGAUUCUGAGAAAUUUGGGGUUGGUUUGGAGUUGGGGAAGAGGAAGGUUAAGAAGAUGAUGUUUGAAGCUCAAGGUGGGGUUUUUGGGAUUAGUGGUAUGGGGGGAGUUGGCAAAACCACUCUUGCUAAAGAGCUUGAACGGGAUGAUCAAGUCAGAUGUCACUUCGAGAACCGGAUUUUGUUUCUGACUGUUUCACAAUCUCCAAUGCUUGAGGAGCUCAGGACACAUAUCUGGGGGUUUUUCAAUGGUUUUGAAACUCUAAAUUCUGUUCCAAACUUGAAUUUUGAGUUUGAGGGUGGGGUUAGAAUGCGGAAGCUAGUGAUUCUUGAUGAUGUUUGGAUCAGGGAGGCGCUGGACCACUUGACGCUUAAUAUUGCUGGUUGCACUACACUUGUGGUCUCACGUUCAAAACUCACAGAGCCUAAAUCCACUUAUGAUGUGGAAGUACUAAGUGAAGAUGAAGCAAUCUCUCUCUUCUGUCUCUGUGCAUUCGGUCAGAAAUCUGUCCCUUCUGGCUUCUGCAGCAAUCUGGUUAAGCAGGUUGCUAAUGAGUGUAAAGGUCUACCUUUGGCUCUCAAAGUUACAGGCGCUUCAUUAAAAGACCGACCUGAAAAAUAUUGGGAGGGCGCAUUGCAGAGGUUAUCAAAAGGUGAACCUGCUGACGAAACUCACGAGACUAGAUUGCUUCAUCAAAUGGAGGCUAGUCUAGAAUAUCUCGAUCAGACAACCAAAGAGUGUUUCUUGGAUCUUGGCGCAUUCCCUGAAGAUAGGAAGAUUCCUCUUGAUGUUCUCAUCAACAUGUGGAUUGAACUACAUGAUAUAGAGGAAGGAAAUGCUUUUGCCAUUCUUGUUGAUUUGUCAGACAAGAAUCUUCUUACUCUUGGGAAAGAUCCACGGCUUGGCACUUUGUACGCAAGCCACUAUGAUAUAUUUGUGACACAGCAUGAUGUUCUGCGAGACUUAGCCCUUCAUCUAUGCAACCGAGGUAAAGUAAACCGAAGACAGCGGUUGCUGAUGCCGAAAAGAGAGUCAGUGCUUCCAAGAGAAUGGGAAAGGAACAGUGAUGAGCGAUACAAUGCCCAAAUUGUCUCUAUUCAUACUGGGGAGCUGAAUGAAAUGGAUUGGUUUGACAUGGAGUUCCCCAAGGCAGAGAUUCUAAUUCUGAUUUUCUCUUCAGACAAGUAUGUCCUUCCUCCUUUUAUCACUAAGAUGAGUCGGCUUAGGGUCCUAGUGAUAAUCAACAACGGCAUGUCCCCUGCGGUUCUCCAUGACUUUUCACUAUUUGCCAAUUUGUCGAAAUUAAGGAGUCUCUGGCUCGAGAGGGUUCAUGUCCCUGAACUCUCCAACACAACCAUUCCCUUGAAAAAUCUCCACAAGAUGUCUCUGAUUCUGUGCAAGAUCAAUAACAGUUUUGAUCAAACCGGAGUUGACGUCUCCGAUAUCUUCCCAAACUUGGGUGAUCUCACGAUAGAUCACUGUGACGAUCUCGUGGCACUACCUUCAAGCAUAUGCGGCCUGACCUCUCUUAAUUCCUUGAGCAUAACAAAUUGUCCACGCCUCAGUGAGUUGCCCAAAAACCUCAGUAGGCUACGAGAUCUUGAACUUCUAAGGCUGUAUGCUUGCCCCGAGUUAAAAGCAUUGCCUGAAGAAAUCUGUGAGCUUAGUCGGCUUAAGUACCUCGACAUCUCACAAUGCGUCAGCUUGAGUUGUCUUCCAGAGAAGAUAGGAAAGCUAACGAGGCUUGAGAAGAUCGACAUGAGAGAAUGUUGUUUCUCCGGUAGACCAAGCUCUGCUGUUUCACUGAAGUCUCUACGCCAUGUAAUAUGCGAUACAGACGUUGCAUUUAUGUGGGACGAAGUUAAGAGAGCCGUUCCAGGAUUAAAGAUUGAAGCUGCUGAGAAAUGUUUCAGCCUAGAUUGGCUCGAUGAGUAGUAGGAUCACCCUAAAAGCUGUUGUCAGAGUCGGUUACGUUAAUCAACUUGUAGUCUUGUAUAUAAACCGUAAACCAAAUUACUUGUUAAUUUGCCCCCUCAAUGUAAUUAAUUCCUGUAGUUUUGGUUGCUUAGACCAAAGAUUAUCUGGGCUUGGCGUGGGCUUUCAGAAUCUAGUCGGACUUCUCUCUCA